AUGGGUGAUGUUGAGAAGGGCAAGAUUUUUGUUCAGAAGUGUGCCCAGUGCCACAUUGUGGAAAAAGGGAGCAAGCACAAGACUGGGCCAGAUCUGUGUGGUCUGUUUGGGCAGAAGACAGGUCCAGCCAUUGGAUUAUCUUAUACAGAUGCCAGCAAGAAUGAAGGUAUCACUUGGGACAAUGAAACACCCAUGGAGUACUUGGAGAAGCCCAAGAAGUACAUCCCUGGAACAAAAAUGAUCUUUGCUGGCAUUAAGAAGAAGACAGAAAGGGAAGACUUGCUAGCUUAUCUCAAAAAAGCUACUAAUGAGUAA